CAAAGAACAGAGAAAGAUUAACGAAAUUCGGAAUGGGUUCUUUGUUUAUGAGAAGAGUUGUUCGAGUCCUCAACUCGUCGGCUCCACCGUCAAGCACUCUUCUCCGGCCACUUUUCCGAUACAAUAGUAUUUCCCCUUUCACUUCCCAAUCUGAUAACAACAACGGUACUCAGUCUCGUAACUCGCUUCGCAUUGAUUUAUCAAAUGAAGAAUCCAAACGAAGCUUGUUCAACAGGCUGUUGUAUAGAAGCAAGCAACGAGGGUUCCUUGAACUUGAUUUGGUUCUCGGAAAAUGGGUAGAGAAGAAUAUUCAUUCGUUGGAUGAAAAUCAUAUUCGAUCUCUCGUUCAUGUCCUCGACGUGGAGAAUCCAGAUUUAUGGAAAUGGUUAUCUGGGCAGGAGCAGCCCCCAGACUCCCUCAUCACUAACCCUGUCUUCACUGCAGUGCGGGAAGGAGUUAUGAAGAAUCUUAAUAGCCAUUCUUCUCCUGAAACAAGAGCAACACCGGGGCAACCAUGGGUAAGAGGCUGGGAUGAUAUCCAGAAAUAUCGGGGCGGCCCUAUCACUGGGAAUCAGUAGCUUGGGUAUAUGAUAUUGCCUUUGUAACAAUAAAUGAAUUCUUGUAUACCAUCUUUGUUAUUAAAAAUAAGGGCUUAAUAGCAACAACUUGAAGGUUUGUUUUAGGCUAGUAGUUACUAUAAAUCAGUAAAAGAAUAUAAAAUGAGUGAAAGAUUGUGGUUUUUGCAUUCUGGUGAACCUUUGCUUUGUAUUAAUUUAUAUAACUUUUGUUG